CCUGCUUCAUUUCAUUGAGAAGGAGGAUUCAAACUUCCGGUACUGUCAUGGCGACAUGGUGCUGUGUCUGCUAAAAUAAAGAAAAAUAACUCCCAUCAACAUCGGAUUUUGAGCAUUAACUGGUUGCAAAUAGCAGAGGAAUCAUUAUUUAUACGGAUAAUUCAGGUGGCCCAUCGCGGCUCGCACCCGGCCGGCCAUGGCGGCGCAUAAACCCGUGGAAUGGGUUCAGGCCGUAAUUAGUAGAUUCGACGAGCAGCUUCCAGUUAAAGUGGGCCAACAGAACACUCACACCAAAGUCAGCACGGAGCACAACAAGGAAUGUCUGAUCAACAUCUCCAAGUAUAAGUUCUCACUGGUGAUCAGUGGCCUCACGAACAUACUGAAGAAUGUGAACAACAUGCGAAUAUUUGGGGAGGCUGCGGAAAAGAACCUGUAUCUCUCUCAGCUCAUCAUCCUUGACACACUGGAGAAGUGCCUUGCUGGGCAACCGAAGGACUGCAUGCGUCUGGACGAGACCAUGCUGGUGAAGCAGCUGCUGCCAGAAAUCUGUCACUUCAUCCACACCUACCGCGAGGGCCACCAGCACGCCGCCGAGCUCCGUAACUCCGCCUCCGGGGUCCUAUUCUCCCUCAGCUGCAACAACUUCAACGCUGUGUUCAGCCGCAUCUCCACCAGGUUGCAGGAGCUCACCGUGUGUUCGGAGGACACAGUGGAUGUCCAUGACAUUGAGCUCAUCCAGUACAUCAAUGUGGACUGUGCCAAGCUUAAGAAACUGCUCCAAGAGACGGUGUUUAAAUUCAAAGCCCUCAAGAAGCCUGCCCAGCUAAGUGUCAUCAACAGUUUAGAGAAGGCCUUCUGGAACUGGGUGGAGAACUACCCUGAUGAGUUCACCAUGCUGUACCAGAGGCCGCAGACAGACAUGGCCGACUGUGCAGAGAAGCUGUUUGACCUGGUGGACAGUUUUGCUGAGAGUGCCAAGAGGAAGGCAGCCGUGUGGCCACUGCAGAUCAUCCUCCUCAUCCUCUGUCCCGACAUCACACAGGACCUCUCCAGAGAGACCGUGGAGGACACCAAGGUCAACAAGAAACUGUUCCUGGAGAACCUAAGGAAGGCCCUGGCCGGCCACGGGGGCAGUAAACAGCUGACUGAGAGUGCUGCCAUCGCCUGUGUCAAACUCUGCAAGGCCUCCACCUACAUCAACUGGGAGGAUCACUCUGUCAUCUUCCUCCUGGUGCAGUCCAUCGUGGUGGACCUCAAGGCCCUGCUCUUCAACCCAGCCAAGCCUUUCUCAAGAGGAGCGGGAAGCCAGAACGCAGAUGUGGACCUCAUGAUCGACUGCUUCGUCUCCUGUUUCCGCAUCAAUCCCCACAACAACCAGCACUUUAAGGUCUGCCUGGCGUCAUCCUCCCCUCCCUCCUUUCACUUUGUCCUGGUCAACUCCCUACACAGAAUCAUCACUAAUUCUCCGUUGGACUGGUGGCCGAAGAUCGACGCUGUGUACUGCUACUCAGGAGAGCUGAGGGUCAUGUUUUCUGAGACACUGGGCCACGUGAUGAGGGGCUGCAGUACACACGCUCCCCUACGCUCUACUCCGAGUCUGACCUUCAAGGAGAAGAUGACCAGUCUGAAGUUCAAGGAGAAGACCACAGACCUGGACACGCGGAGCCUCCUGCUGGCCCUGGUCAAGCUCAUCCACUCUGACCCUAAACUCAUGCUGCAUAACCCGGGUAAGCAGGGUCAGGAGAUCCAGAGCAGUACAGCAGAGCUGAUCACCGGCCUGGUGCAGCUAGUGCCUCUGGCCAACAUGGGAGAGUGUUCACAGGAGGCCAUGGAGGCCCUCUUGGUCCUGCAUCAACCUGAGACCAUAGAACUGUGGAACCCAGAUGCUCCCAUUGAGACCUUCUGGGAUAUCAGUUCUCAGGUCCUCUUCUUCAUCUGUAAGAAGCUGGUUGGCCACCAGAUGAUCAACAGCACAGAGAUCCUCAAGUGGCUGAGGGAGAUCCUCAUCUGCAGGAACAAGUUCCUCCUCAGGAACAAGGUAGGUUACUGCGUUGUGUGUUAUGUAUUCCUUAUACCUCUGUUUCAUCCAGGAAGGCACAACAGUGUAUAAUGUUCAGGAAUUUUCUUUGUAUAACAGAUAUAUACUUCUGACAUGCAGAGUUGGGAAAAUGGCAGCUCUAUGUAUGACAUUUCUACAUACAUUCUGAACACCCUCCUGAACGUGAUCUCUGUUCUAACACUCUGUCCUGUCUUCCUCCCCCAGGAGCGGGCCACGGUGGGCAGUGGCAUCCCCAUCUGUAGACAGGCCCAGACCAAGCUGGAGGUGUGUCUCUACAUGUUCCUGUGGAGCCCUGAUAUGGAGGCCGUUCUAGUGGCCAUGUCCUGCUUCAGACACCUGUGUGAGGAGGCUGAGGUCCGCUGUUGCGUGGAUGAGGUCCCGGUACAGACUAUCCUGCCCAACUACAACACCUUCAUCGAGUUUGCCUCCGUCAGCAACAUGAUGUCCACAGGCCGCUCAGCCCUGCAGAAGAGAGUGAUGGCUCUGUUGAGGAGGAUCGAACAUCCUACUGCAGGAAACAAAGAGGCAUGGGAAGACACGCAUGCAAAAUGGGAGCAGGCAACCAAAUUAAUCCUCACCCAUCCCAAAACUAAGCUAGAGGAUGGCCAGGAGUGGAUCAACAUGACGGGCUUCCUGUGUGCUCUGGGAGGUGUGUGUCUGCAGCAGCGCAGCGCCCCAGGCCUGGCCACCUACAGCCCCCCCAUGGGGCCUCUCAGCGAGAGGAAAGGCUCCAUGAUCUCCAUGGGCUCCUGUGAGGGGAACACGGAGACGCCCCUGGGCCGCUUCCUGGACCGCCUGCUGUCCCUCAUGGUGUGCAGCCAUGAGAAGGGUGUUCAGAUCCGGACUAAUAUUAAGGACCUAGUUGGCCUGGAGCUCAGCCCGGCUCUCUACCCCAUGCUCUUCAACAAACUCAAGAACGGCAUCAGCCGCUUCUUCGACGCACAGGGGCCGGUCCCAAUCAAUGACACCAACACCCAGUUUGUGGAGCAGACGAUCGCCAUCAUGAAGAACCUACUGGACAACCACACUGAGGGCAGCUCAGAGCACCUGGGACAGGCCAGCAUAGAGACCAUGAUGCUCAACCUGGUCCGGUAUGUGCGUAUCCUAGGCAACAUAGUGCAUGCCAUCCAGAUCAAGACCAAGCUGUGCCAGCUGGUGGAGGUGAUGAUGGAGAGACGAGACGACUUGUCCUUCUGCCAGGAGAUGAAGUUCAGGAACAAGAUGGUGGAGUACCUGACAGACUGGGUGAUGGGUACCUCAAACCAAGCGGCUGACGAUGACGUCAAGUGUCUUACCAGGGACCUGGACCAGGCCAGUAUGGAGGCGGUGGUGUCUCUGCUAGCUGGCCUGCCCCUCCAGCCUGAGGAGGGAGAUGGAGUGGAACUGAUGGAGGCCAAGUCCCAGCUCUUCCUCAAGUACUUCACCCUGUUCAUGAACCUGCUGAAUGACUGCAGCGAGGUGGAGGAUGAUGGGCAACAGGUGGCAGGGAGGAAGAGGGGCAUGUCCCGACGUCUGGCCUCCCUCAGACACUGCACCGUCCUGGCCAUGUCCAACCUCCUCAACGCCAACGUGGACAGCGGCCUCAUGCACUCCAUCGGUCUGGGCUACCAUAAGGACCUGCAGACUCGGGCCACCUUCAUGGAGGUGCUGACUAAGAUCCUGCAGCAGGGAACAGAAUUUGACACACUGGCAGAGACGGUGCUGGCAGACCGCUUCGAGAGGCUGGUAGAGCUGGUCACCAUGAUGGGAGAUCAGGGAGAGCUGCCUAUCGCCAUGGCUCUGGCCAACGUAGUGCCCUGCUCCCAAUGGGAUGAGCUGGCGCGGGUGCUGGUGACUCUGUUUGACUCGCGCCACCUCCUUUACCAGUUGCUGUGGAACAUGUUCUCCAAGGAGGUGGAGCUAGCAGACUCCAUGCAGACUCUGUUCAGAGGAAACAGUCUAGCCAGCAAGAUCAUGACCUUCUGCUUUAAGGUGUACGGGGCCACGUACCUGCAGAAGCUGCUGGAGCCUCACCUCAGAGGGGUCAUCGCUGCCCCAGAGUGGCAGCUCAUCAGCUUCGAGGUGGAUCCCACCAGGCUUGAGCAGAGUGAGAUCCUGGAGGAGAACCAGAGGAACCUGCUGCAAAUCACCAACCGCUUCUUCCUGGCCAUCAUCAACUCCUCCACAGAGUUCCCCCCUCAGCUGCGCAGUGUCUGUCACUGCCUGUUCCAGGCAACUUGCCACUCUCUACUGAAUAAAGCCACAGUUAAAGAGAAAAAGGAAAGCAAAAAAGCAGUGGUCAGCCAGCGUUUCCCCCAGAACAGCAUAGGGGCGGUGGGCAGUGCCAUGUUCCUCCGUUUCAUCAACCCUGCCAUAGUGUCACCCUAUGAGGCAGGCAUCCUGGAUAAGAAACCUCCUCCCAGGAUAGAGAGGGGAUUGAAGCUCAUGUCCAAGAUCCUGCAGAGCAUUGCCAACCAUGUUUUAUUCACCAAAGAGGAGCACAUGAGGCCUUUCAAUGACUUUGUCAAAAGCAACUUUGAUGCAGCUAGAAGGUUUUUCCUGGACAUUGCAUCAGACUGCCCUGCCAGUGACUCCGUCAACCACAGCCUGUCCUUCAUCAGUGAUGGCAAUGUUCUGGCCCUGCACCGGCUGCUGUGGAACAACCAGGAGAAGAUAGGACAGUACCUCUCUAGCAACAGGGAUCACAAGGCAGUAGGGAGACGGCCGUUUGACAAGAUGGCCACCCUCCUAGCCUACCUGGGGCCCCCAGAGCACAAACCUGUGGCUGACACCCACUGGUCCAGCCUCAACCUCACCAGCUCCAAGUUUGAAGAAUUUAUGACAAGACACCAGGUACAUGAGAAAGAGGAGUUCAAAGCCCUGAAGACCCUCAACAUCUUCUACCAGGCUGGCACCUCAAAGAACGGCAACCCUGUCUUCUACUACAUCACACGCAGAUUCAAGACGGGCCAGAUUAACGGUGACCUUCUCAUCUACCACGUGCUGCUGACCUUGAAGCCCUAUUACGCCAAGCCCUAUGAGAUUGUGGUGGACCUGACCCACGCCGGACCCAGCAACCGCUUCAAGACUGACUUCCUGUCCAAGUGGUUUGUGGUGUUCCCGGGCUUCGCCUACGAGAACGUGGCUGCCAUCUACAUCUACAACUGCAACACGUGGGUGAGGGAGUACACUAAGUACCACGAGAGACUGCUGACAGGCCUGAAGGGGAGCAAGAAGCUGCUGUUCAUUGAUUCACCAGUGCGGCUUGCGGAGCACGUGGAGCCUGACCAGCAGAAGCUGCCUGCGGCCACGCUAGCCUUGGAGGAGGACCUCAAGGUGUUCCACAACGCCCUCAAACUGGCCCACAAGGACACCAAGGUCUCCAUCAAGGUGGGCUCCACAGCUGUCCAGGUGACGUCAGCAGAGCGUACCCGGGUCCUGGGUCAGUCGGUCUUCCUCAACGACAUCUACUACGCCUCAGAGAUAGAGGAGAUCUGCCUGGUGGAUGAGAACCAGUUCACGCUUACCAUCGCCAACCAGGGCACGCCGCUCACCUUCAUGCACCAGGAGUGUGAGGCCAUCGUCCAGUCCAUCAUCCACAUCAGGACGCGUUGGGAGCUGUCCCAGCCGGACUCCAUCCCCCAGCACACCAAGAUCAGGCCCAAAGACGUGCCGGGGACCCUGCUCAACAUUGCCCUGCUCAACCUGGGCAGCUCUGACCCCAGCCUCAGAUCAGCGGCCUACAACCUGCUCUGUGCCUUGACCUGCACCUUCAACCUGAAGAUAGAAGGCCAGCUGCUGGAGACGUCGGGCCUGUGUAUCCCUGCAAACAACACCCUCUUCAUAGUGUCCAUCAGCAAGACACUGGCCGCCAACGAACCACACCUCACCCUGGAGUUCCUGGAAGAGUGUAUCUCUGGCUUCAGCAAAUCUAGUAUUGAGUUGAAACACCUGUGUCUGGAGUACAUGACACCCUGGCUGCUCAACCUGGUGAGGUUCUGUAAGCACAAUGACGACGCCAAGCGCCAGCGUGUCACCGCCAUCCUGGACAAGCUCAUCACCAUGACUAUUAACGAGAAGCAGAUGUACCCUUCUAUCCAGGCUAAGAUCUGGGGUAGUCUAGGACAGAUAACUGACCUGCUAGACGUGGUGCUGGACAGCUUCAUCAAGACCAGCGCUACAGGAGGCCUGGGUUCCAUCAAGGCGGAGGUCAUGGCUGACACAGCUGUGGCGCUGGCCUCCGGGAAUGUCAAGCUGGUGUCCAGCAAGGUGAUCAUCCGCAUGUGUAAGAUCAUCGAUAAGACGUGUCUGUCUCCCACGCCCACCCUGGAGCAACACUUGAUGUGGGAUGACAUCGCCAUCCUGGCCCGUUACAUGCUGAUGCUGUCCUUCAACAACUCUCUGGACGUGGCCACUCACCUGCCCUACCUGUUCCACGUGGUCACUCUGCUGGUGGCCACCGGCCCCCUGUCCCUCCGCGCCUCCACACACGGCCUGGUUAUCAACAUAAUCCACUCCCUCUGUACCUGCUCCCAGCUCAACUUCAGUGAGGAGACCAAGCAGGUACUGAGGCUGAGCCUGACAGAGUUCUCCCUGCCUAAGUUCUACCUGCUGUUCGGCAUCAGUAAGGUCAAGUCUGCUGCGGUCAUCGCCUUCCGCUCCAGCUACCGCGACCGCUCCUUCUCCCCCGGGUCCUACGAGAGGGAGACCUUCGCCCUGUCCUCCCUGGAGACAGUCACCGAGGCCCUGCUGGAGAUCAUGGAGGCCUGUAUGAGGGAUAUCCCUGGCUGUAAGUGGCUGGACCAGUGGACAGAGCUGGCUCAGAGGUUUGCGUUCCAGUACAACCCGUCCCUGCAGCCCAGAGCCCUGGUGGUGUUUGGCUGCAUCAGUAAGAGGGUGACCCAUGGCCAGAUCAAACAGAUCAUCAGGAUCCUCAGCAAGGGUCUGGAGAGCUGUCUAAAGGGACCUGAUAACUACAACAGCCAGGUGUUGAUAGAAGCCACAGUAAUAGCUCUCACCAAGCUGCAGCCUCUCCUCAACAAGGACUCCCCCAUGCACAAGGCUCUGUUCUGGGUGGCCGUGGCUGUGCUCCAGCUGGACGAGGUCAACCUCUACUCUGCCGGCACCGCCCUGCUGGAGCAGAACCUUCACACACUGGACAGCCUCAGGGUCUUCAACGACAAGAGUCCAGAGGAGGUGUUUAUGGAGAUCAGGAAGCCUCUGGAGUGGCACUGUAAACAGAUGGACCACUUUGUGGGCCUCAACUUCAAUUCCAACUUCAACUUUGCACUAGUGGGUCACCUGUUGAAAGGGUACAGACACCCCUCCCCCAACACAGUGGCGCGGACCAUCCGGAUUCUCCACACACUGCUAGCCCUGGUGGGAAAACACCUCAACUGUGACAAGUUUGAGGUGAACACCCAGAGUGUGGCCUACCUGGCAGCUCUCCUCACUGUUUCAGAAGAAGUCCGCAGCCGCUGUAGCCUCAAGCACAGGAAGUCCCUGCUCCUCUCGGAAGUUACCAUGGAGAAUGUUCCCAUGGACACGUACUCUGUGCACCACAGCGACCCCUGCUGCAGGACUCUUCGGGAGAGUCAACCGUGGACAUCCCCCAAGGUGUCAGAACGCUACCUAGUGGCUCACUACUCCUCGGUGGGGCAGAUCAGCCCCCGCACACGCAAGUCCAUGAGCCUGGACAUGGGCCAGCCUUCCCAGGCAAACACUAAGAAACUGCUGGGCACUAGGAAGAGUUUUGAUCACUUGAUAUCAGACAACAAAGCACCAAAGAGGCCAGAUAUGGAGUCUGGCAUCACUACGCCACCGAAGAUGAGGAGGGUGGCGGAGAACGAUUAUGAAAUAGAAUCGACCCAAAGAAUCUCCCACCACACCCUGAGGAAGGUGUCUGUGUCAGAGUCCAACGUGCUGCUGGAUGAAGAGGUUCUCACAGACCCCAAGAUUCAGGCUCUGCUGCUCACGGUCCUGGCUACGUUGGUGAAGAAUACAACAGAUGAUUUUGACCAGAGAAUCCUCUACGAGUUUUUAGCUGAAGCUAGUGUUGUCUUCCCUAGGGUCUUUCCAGUUGUUCACAACCUGCUGGACUCGAAGAUCAACACCCUCCUCUCACUGUGCCAGGACCCUAACCUCCUAAACCCCAUCCAUGGCAUCGUGCAGAGUGUGGUUUACCAUGAGGAGUCACCCCCACUGUACCAGCCCUCCUACCUACAAAGCUUUGGGUUUAAUGGUCUAUGGAGAUUCGCUGGGCCCUUCUCAAAGCAAACCCAGAUCCCGGACUACGCUGAGCUGAUAGUGAAAUUCCUGGAUGCUUUGAUUGACACGUAUCUGCCGGGGAUCGACGAGGAGACGAGCGAGGAGUGUCUGCGUACGCCCACGUCGCCCUACCCCCCGCCGGGCCAGAGCCAGCUCAGCAUCACAGCCAACCUCAAUCUCUCCAACUCCAUGACCUCACUGGCCACCUCCCAGCACUCCCCAGGAAUCGACAAGGAGAAUGUGGAACUCUCUCCGACCACGGGUCACUGCAACAGCGGACGCACGCGCCACGGCUCUGCCAGCCAGGUGCAGAAGCAGCGCAGUGCAGGCAGCUUCAAACGGCCCAGCAUCAAGAAGAUCGUAUGAGAGAGGCCCACCACUAGGACCCCUUACUGGGGUCGCCCACGCCAGUCAUCAUGCUGCACUUUUACUCCAACUAUCCUAUCUCUCGUUCUAUCUUUCUCAGCCUUGAUUCUCCUCAGUUUCCGUUGUUUUUUUUUGUGUUUUUUUUUUACCCUAAACUGUCCAGUCAGCCAUAUUUGCUUGACGAUCAAGAACUCUGAAUAUGAUGCAGUUUUGUUUAUGAAACAGUCAGUGUAUGAGAUGUCAUUGAGAAAGAGUCUGGCGGUUAUUAUGUUUUGUGUAUUUUUGUCACAUCGGAAACCUUUUUUUAAAACAGCAUAAAUUGAAAGAAAGCAUUAACAUUGACAACACAGCAGUAAAAGUAGGGAACAUUGUGUCUGAAGCCAUUUUGUUGUCUUGCUUCUUUCUGGUUUUAAUUUUUGUUUCAUAAUGACAAAGUAUUACGAGAAGACCAUUUCUGUGAUUUGCACAAUUUUCUGUAAUUCAACAUGCUUGUACGCUUUUUUGGGGGGUCUUUUCUAAGUGGUGUUAGUAGGACAUUUUUCUUCAAGUUGAGAGAGCUUUGCCAAUGGGGCUGAACGACAUCAAAGGACAAGCUGCAGAUGCAUCUCAUUGGGACACAUGGCCAUGAAGAGGCAUUGUGCCUUGGGACCCAGCGUUGAGGAAAGGGAUCCCUCUCACCCACCAGAGAGACGCUACAGAGGGAGAGCACUACCCACACACACACACACACACCAUUGUGGAGGAAAUUGCUGAAUACCCUAAACCCUCCUGUAGUAGCAACAUCUGUGAAAAGCAUGACCAACAACAGACAUUAGUGGUUUACUGUGUUAUUGGGGGCUGGACUAUCAAUUGGCCCUGUUUUGAGCUGUGUCGUGGACAAUCUAAUGAUGGCCAAGCCAUGUGUCUUUAUUGAUUAGUGAUUGUCAAAGCUGUGGGGAUUUCUGUUAGGCAGUUUUUUUAUUCCCACAUGAAAGUCAGAGAGGGCCAACUAGGUGUCAGGUUGAUGUUUAUUGUCAUAAGUCUUGUCCUAGAGGCAGAACUGAGCGAUUUUCCCCUUAGAUAGCCCAGCUGUAAAGUCAAAAUUGGCUAUAUUGUACAAAAAAAUCAUGAAAACUUAGUGCUAGAUUUGAUGAUUUUGUGGCUGUGCCAGCUAGUGACCACUGUGGGGCUGCCUCUAGAACUAGAUUUGUGAUGGGAAAAACGCUAACCUGCCAGGUGGGCCACUCUGGUGUUGGAGGACAGCAGCCCUGCAGGUUUCAGAGCUUUUGCUUUUAAUCAGCACCCUAUUCACGUUUUAUAUCACUAUGUCAAGGAAAGUAAAGGAGGAAAAUCUAGAAAACAGGAAUCGAUAUUGGCCUAUGUCGGAAAUUUGGAUUGGACAUUUGAAAUUGUCCUUAGCUUUGAGAUUUGAAAUAUAUCUAUAGUGGUAGUCUUUCUCAGUAAUAUUUGUUUCAUUCUUGCCCCAAUUUACUGUAAACACAUACAAACCAUAAACUUGGGAGGUUGUUUUGUUCAUUGUGUGCCUUUUCUAGGGUUUUCAGAUGUUUAUAAUGAAAUGAGAAAUGAAAAAAUUGCUUCAUACAGCAUUAAAGGUAUUGUAGAUGGUUACUCUGCAUAAAUGUAUAUUUAUAUAUACAGUUGAGUAUUGUAAACAAUACCUUAUGAAUGACAAGCAUACAGGCAUUAUUAAUCUGCUGCCUGGUAAUUGCCUUGUAUGGUUAAAUAUUUAUGUAAAACAUUAACAUUCGGUACCUCUUGUCAAAACAAGUAUUCACACACAAAUUCCAUGACACUAGGGACCAGAUUUGCUGAGUGAGUGCAUGUGCAAAUGUUGCACCUGUUUUGUCAAGAGUGAAUGAUAUUGAAGUCAGAACAGUGAUGGCUUUUAUGUUUGUUUUUAUCUUUGUUUUAGGGAAAUUGGUGCCAAUUAUGUUCUGGUUCAAAAGCUUUAGUAAAUCUGUCCCUGUUUAUGAUGUAAAUAGUACAAUAAGGUAUUUGUUAUAUAGUAAUUACAAUGACAUAGUUGUGAUUUGUUUUAGUGAGCUUUGAAUUUUAUCAUUGCAAAAGUCUGAUUUAAUUUGAAAAUUUUGAAAUUUGAAAUAUGGAUUAAUUAAACUAUGUUGUAAUUAAUCACCUCAAGACACACACCUGCUGAAUAGUGUUCUCCAUGUUUAAAAUCAGCAUAAGGAAAUAAUGCCAAAAAAUAACUUUGCGCGGGAUUGAGACUAUGGUUAGGCUGUCUGUUCGCAGAUAGAACUGUGUGUAUUGGGAGUACAGCUGCACCGGGUGUUAUUGGCCCUUUUGCCAUUGUCUUCCCCUCAUUAGUCCGUAGUGUGGCAUGUGUAAAGGUUUAGGCAGACAUAGGGGUCAGUUCCAUGAUGCAGUGCGGCAGGUCCUGGGAUGCUGCACCAAAGACUGGCAAAUCCGUUCGGUAGUUUUAUCAUUGUUGACUUUCUCUCAGCCUUUGCAGUUGGUCCAGUAGGCCUUGCACAGAUAGACGUGUGGCAAACAGAGACGUUCCUUUCUCUAACAACAUGGUGCAGUUUGUUAGGCAGCAGAGGAGUUCUCUGGUCACACUAUUCAAUUUCCUCGUGGAGCCUGGUUCCUAAUUUCUGCUGUUUGAGGUUGUGUACCAAGAAACCAACCAGUGCCAUACACGGAGUCUCGCUGAAGUCAUGGUUGUUUCGGAAGCUUGUGCCAACUCCUUCAGAAUUUUUCUUAAGUGUGCUUGUUAACAUUGAUGUUAAUCCUGGGGUCAAACACAAUUCCAUUAGACAUUUUUGACUUGCUUUUGCGAAGGCCAGCGUGUGCAUUAAAUGAAUUAUGUAAACUGAGUAGGAGUCGGUGUAUAGGGAUGGGGGAAGGGAGGAUAUGAAAACUGACCGUUUUAGUUUUUCACCUACAUCCAGACAUUUUAACAAUCAACAACCAUGCUCAACCCUACAUUUAUUUUCUUAUUCUAUUAAUCUGGUUUAGAUUGGACAUGAUGACCACAAGAAAAUGAACAAUGUGCACACUUAGUUUUUUCCAAAAUCAAAGUGUGUUGGUGCUGUUGAGAGGUAAUGAACCUUGUGUAAUGAAGUUGAUUCCAAAUGCCUAGAUUUUGUUUACAAACGUUAAUAUACUUGAAUCAGGAGGCUAUGUCAAGAAGAAGUAGUUCCUCAUCAUGGAAAGGGAAAAAAAUAAGUUUUCAGAAGUCAAAUGGAACAAGUUUACCAAACACAACAUUUCAAAAGAUGAAAGGAAACCAAAGUUUAGGAACUGCAAUAUAGUACACACACAAACUCGGAAACUACUGUGUUUGAUAAGCAGUCCUCCGAGAGAAGUCUAAUGUACUAAUCCACAACUUAGUUUGAUUUCAUAUGGGGGUGAGAGAUGAUUCAAGUAGUGAAAGAGAGAUGGAACAAGCUAUGAAUCAAUGCAAACCAUGUUUUCUGUUUGUAUGUGCUUUUUGUACAGUUAACGAUAAUUAUAAACACAGCAUUCUUCAUAAUAUGCUAUGAUGUGUGUAUUGUAAAAAAAAAACAUAUUUAGUUCUGGCCUCAUUAGACUUUAGGAACUACAGAUCUCUGUUUCUAGCUCAUAUGCUUUGAAGGAUAAACCCAACCAACUGAUUUUAUUUGUAAUUUAUUUUACAGUGUAAACCAGACAGAGCACACUUUGUAUAUUCAAUGGAUCCCUCUUUCUCAGUGUCUCUUCAUAAAGGGUAGGCCAGAAGGAAUGUGUUUGCCUUGCUUUUACGGCAUGGAAAUGUGCCACUUUAAAGAACUGAAAAGAAUUGUCCUAAUUUGAGUGAAUUGAACAUUUGUCUGUUCAUGUGAAAUUGAAAAUGGUCACUUGAAGGCUCUAAAAUGUACUAGCAGUAGCUCAGGAGGGACAGUAUUAUAGAUAGCAGUUAACCACUUUGUUCAAUGCAAAGAAAAAACAAUGUCAAAAUAGCUUUUCUCCUCAAACAUUGCUUUAAUAUACAGUAAUGGCCAAUUGGUCUUCCUUUUAAGAUGGUAAAGUAUAGAAAUGAUAGCCGAAAAGUUUUGGAUGCAGAGCACCAUACCACCUGUUAUCACACCAUUUAACAGACAAACAUAUUGGGAUCAGAAACUGUCUCCGAAAGGUCGACUGAACUCUGUAAAUGUAUUGUAGGUUUUCAUAAUUCUCAACUGAAGUCAAUUGUGUCUUGCACUGGUGUGAUAUCUCCUAAUUUGGCACACAUCUCAAGGUUAUGCAAAAUAUUUUUAACCAUUGGCCACUGUUUUACUGUUUCUUUCCCUCAUGUUUUAUGCAGUAAGCUCCACCUCUGUAAAUAAUUUUGUGUAAAAAUUGAUAAAGGUAUAUUUACUACACUGUAAAUACAUGUGAUGAUAUUGUAUUAUUUAGCUUUUUGUAAAGCAGUUAGUUGCUGUACAUGUAAAACAUACAAAUUGAAUGAUUCUAGUGUUAGUAAUGAUAACCUCUCCAUCAUGUCACUGCAUUGUGUCAUUAAAUAUAUUGAGGAAAAUAAAGGAUUAAAUCGAGGAUAUAGAUGACUGUGUACUCUAAAACCUCCACUGUAUGAUCGGUUGCUGUCCUCAUCUGACAUUUACAGAUGUUGCCCUAAUAAAUAAUUUCUGUCCAAA